AUGAUUUCGGUGAGCAGCAGCGAGGCGAGAAGCGAGAUAGGGUUAGAGUUAGGGCUUGCUGCUGGAAUGGAGGAAGAAGAAAUGAUGGAAGACAACGACUUUGAGGAGGAAGAAAGCACACAUUCUUAUGUUUCUUGCGUUGACCCAGAUGUUGCUCUCUCCUAUAUUGAUGAGAAGCUCGAGAACGUUUUGGGACAUUUCCAGAAGGACUUCGAAGGUGGAGUUUCAGCUGAAAAUCUGGGUGCAAAGUUUGGUGGCUAUGGUUCCUUCUUGUCUAUGUAUCAGAGAUCUCCUGCUUGUAAGAGUCCACCAGAAGUUCAAAACCAAGUGGGUGUUCGUUCUACCUGCUCAGCUUCGUCGGCUGUACCUCAAGUAUCAGUGUGUGGAUCCACUUCAAAAGCUCCUGCUUCCGACGUGUUGGUCAAAUUGAAAAACUUUGUCAAAGCAAGUACACCUGAUAGCAAACAAAAACAUGUCUCGAACACUUCUUCUUCUUCUGCUCCGUCGAAUCAUAAGACUCUCAGACUCCGUAUUAAAGUUGGUUCAAAUGACCUCUCGUCCCUGAAAAAUGCUUCAAAUUGUACUAGUAAGCAAGGCCUCAAUAUGCCACCGUCGACGUCGCGAGUGAAUUCAGCUGAAGAAGGGUUGCUGAAUGGGAUUCAUGAUUCGCCGACUAAAAUUCUCAUGGCGAUGGUGUCAUUCCCUCUGCAUACAGAUCAGCUGUUAUCACCUCUCUCUGAUGAUCUUAUCCUGCUGGCGAAGAAAGACAAUACUAGGAAAGAUGCGUCUGUCAACAAGUCAGACUCCAAAAGUAAACACCAUAUUUUGGGUGUUUCUGAUGCACAAAAGUGUGCUGCUAAGUUUUCCACUGCGAAGCCGAAGAAGGAAAAGUUGAAGGAGAGAGUAAAGUAUAUGCCACCGUCAAACGGAAAUCAUUUUGAAAAAGAAGGUGAUAACGAGUCAUGCGAGGAGCUUGUUUCCAAGACUCUGAAGCUUCCGCUUUUGUCCUGUCUUUCGCCGGCGAAAGAGAUUGAUAAAGUAUCAGAUUCUCAUGUAGAUGAUGUUGAGGGUAGAUUAAGAGGCAAGAACAACGGUGGCCUAGAUGCAGCUUUGAUGGAUUCAAAGCCUGAACUGGAAGGUAAACUAGUGGCAUUUCCAGAUCGAAGAAAAGAUGUGUACCUGACAGAAGGUGAAACAAGUAGAUCAAAGCGGGAGAGAGUUCCAAGUGUUGAACAUGUACAUUAUUCAUCUGUGGAUAAGGUUAGUGAGAGUGAGGCAAGAAAGGAAGAGCAAAGUUUUAAGCCGAAGCUGCCUAAAGCACAUAAGUCGGUAAGAAGUUCAAGCAGGAAUAGUUUGAGAGGAAAGGAUGCUGCUGUAAAUAUGAGUAAUAUGAAUGUAUCAGAUACUGGAGGAUCCGAAGAUAUGUAUAAGGUAUUCUCUGGUGAUUCAGGAGAGUCAAAAGAAGAAAAACAAAGCAGUUUGGCUCUUAAAGCUAAGAAAGAAAAUCUUUCAGAAGUAAAUGGCUUCAAGGAGAGUUUGAGCAGUGUUAGAAACGAUGAAAAGGCAUGUAAUUAUGUUCAUUCGCUAUGUGAACCAGAUUCGAAACAUCUUACCGAUGAAGAUAGGCACAACACUCAGCAGAAUAUUAGAUUGGAAGUGAAUAAUAAGCAUUCUGAUGAAGGAAUUGAGGAUUUGGGAAUGGAACCUGAAAGAGAACUUUCUGGGACUUGUAAGAAGCCAAAGACUGGAAGAUCACGUUUUUCUGCUGGGGAUCAACCUGGAUCCAACAAAAUUCUGGACCUUGUUAACAAAACUACGAUUACUCAAGCCUCUGCCCAAAAAGAGAAGGAUGUUGCUAAGACUUCCUCUCAUGAUGGACGUGAUGAGAGAAAGAGGAAACAGAAGGAAAACAAAGAAAGUGGAGAUUGUAUGAGACCUAGGGAAGCUGCAGUAAUGGAGUCAGGUGGAGAGAAAGUUAGAAACAAGAAGAGGUUUAAGGGUUCAAGCUGUGAUGGAAAGGAGUUGCCUUAUAGGAGUACAAGUUGUGAUAGGGACAGAGGAGUUAGUCAGGAAAAUGGUAGAGAUAAUGCUUCACAUCUACCUUUUUCGGCGUCCUCACCGAGUUUAUGCAAGGAUUUGGGCUCUGAAACUAUCAAAACCAGUUUCCACGAAGCCAAAGAUUCGCUUGUUGAAUCACGUGAGCUUAAAUCAGGGAGAAUCUUAGCAAAGGAUGAACACCGUGAUACUGACUCUAACGCUGGUGAUACGUUAAAGAGAUGCAGAGAUGGUGAAGGUUAUAGCACUAACAAGGCUGCAGAAGUUUCCAAGGAUAAUAAUUUGCGCAUUACAGGGGAAGCCACACACUCUUGGGAUAAAGAAAGAGCAUACGGUGAGAAAUGUUCGACUGAAAUACAUAAACCAAAGAGGUCAGGGAGAUAUUCUGGUGACAAUGGCACAGAAGGUGAAUCUCAACGAAAGAAUAGGGAAGAGAAUAACCGGGUUACGGAGAAGGAAGUAAAAACAAAAGAAAGUAGAAGCAAGAGAAGACCUGCUAGAAAAGAUCCUAUGGAGAGUAGUAAAGAGGACUCAAGAGAAUAUCAAGAUCCUAGUACUAAGGUAGAGAGAAAUGGUAGUCAUUUUCCUGCUCCACAGAAAUCUGAUAGAGAAAAAACUUCCCAUGGGAAAAGCAACCACUUGGAAGUGACCGCUGAGAAACUAAAGAGUAGAUCAGCUCCAGAUCAAGUUGAAGUCUUGAGCCAUGGCACUGAGAUAUCAGAUACAAAGAGACAGAUGAUGAGAAAUGAUAAUCACAGCGUGACACACAAUGCAGGUUCACGUAACCAAAAGCAAAAUGGAAGUAGGCAUAAGAAUCAUGUUGGCUCAAGCCCUUUAAGAAAGGAAUCGACGAUGCAGGCAUUCUCCAACUCACUCAAAGAGGCUACAGCCUUGAAACACAUUGCUGAUCGUCUUAAGAAUAAUGAUGAGUCCCAUCACGAGGGGACUGGUUUUUACUUUCAGGCAGCGCUUAAGUUUCUUCAUGGUGCUUCCAUUUUGGAGUCCUCUGGCACUGAGUAUACCACUCAUAAGAGCAAUGCCGGAUCCAUUGAUAUUUAUGGCAGCACAGCAAAACUUUGCGGGUACUGUGCUCGUGAAUAUGAGAAAUAUAAAGAUAUGGGGGCUGCUGCUCUGGCUUAUAAAUGCAUGGAAGUAGCUUUUCUAAGGAUAACUUAUUCCUCCCAUGGAAGCAUAAGCAGAUGCAGAAAUGAGUUGCAAGCAGCUCUGCAAGUGGUUCCUUCAGGUGAAUCUCCUUCCUUUGCUUCUGAUGGUGAGAAUUCAAACCAAACGUUGGCAGCGGAAAAGGUGGCAUUGUCCAACACUGUGAGGUCAUCCCCUAGUGUAACCGGAAGCCUUGUUAUCUCUUCAGGAAACAAUUCCUCUCUUUCUCAGCUUUUGGAAUUUUCACAAAACGUAAGCUCUGGUAUGGAUGCAUCAAGAAAAGCACAGAUAGCAUUUGCAGCUGCCAAGGGAGGCAAAUCGGGUGAAACCCGAUACAGUAGUGAUGGUAUAGCAUCAAUAAAGAAGGCCCUUGAUUUCAAUUUUCAGGACAUGGACAAAUUGUUGCAUGUGGUGAGGCUUGCAAUGGAAUCCAUAAACCGGUGA